GGUCACCACUUGACCUCUGAACCUUGUGCAAGAAACUAUUUACUGUAGCAAGCACCAUUAGCUUGUUGUUGGCGUUGGAGGUCUGCAAGAAGUAGAUUUCUAGAGCAGUUAAAACACUCUAACGCGACUAGCCUAGAUCUAUUAUAAUUAUAUUUCGAAGAAAAACUGCCACAAAAUGUCAACAAUGCUGCAGUUGUUGAGGUCUAGAGCUGUUGCGUCUGCUCUAGGGGCAUCAAGCUCCAUCCAUGCAAGAUCCAUGUCUGCUGCACCAAAACCUAUAACAAAACCAGAAAUCAAGUGUGCUAAGAUUUUCAUCAACAAUGAGUUUGUGAAUGCUGUGAGUGGAAAGACCUUUGCCACCAUCAACCCAACGACAGAGGAGGUGAUCUGUGAGGUGGCUGAAGGUGAUAAGGCCGAUGUUGACAAGGCUGUUAAAGCUGCUAAAGAGGCCUUCAGGCUGGGGUCUCCAUGGCGAACAAUGGAUGCCACAGAGAGACAAAAUCUUUUGCUGAGACUUGCAGAUCUGAUUGAACGAGACAGGAACUACAUUGCUUCUCUAGAAACCCUUGAUAAUGGUAAACCAUUCAGUGCUUCAUUUGCUGUUGAUCUUGACCUGACAAUAAAAUGUUACAGAUACCAUGCUGGGUGGGUCAACAAGCGUGGAGGUAAAGUUGUCCCAAUGGAUGGGAACUACUUCUCCUAUGUGCGUCAUGAACCUGUGGGUGUGUGCGGACAGAUCAUUCCUUGGAACUUCCCCCUCCUGAUGCAAGCCUGGAAACUGGGCCCAGCUCUUGCUAUGGGAAACACAGUUGUGAUGAAGCCAGCAGAGCAGACCCCACUUACAGCACUCUACAUUGCCCAGUUGGCUGUUGAGGCAGGGUUCCCACCUGGUGUCAUCAACAUAGUCCCAGGCUUUGGUCCCACUGCUGGCGCUGCCAUUGCUGAACACAUGGAUGUUGAUAAAAUAGCUUUCACUGGAUCUACUGAGAUUGGUCAGCUGAUUCCACAAAUGGCUGCCCGCUCAAAUCUUAAACGAGUUACCCUUGAGCUUGGAGGCAAAAGUCCUCAGAUUGUUUACUCAGACAGCAACAUGGCUCAAGCCAUAGACAGCACACAUGUCGGCCUCUUCUUCAACCAGGGCCAGUGCUGCACCGCUGGCUCAAGAGUUUUUGUUGAAGAUAAAAUUUACAAAGACUUUGUUGAGCUGGCUACAGAAAAGGCAAAGAAGCGAACUGUUGGUAACCCUUUCACAAACGUGGACCAAGGACCUCAGGUUGAUGGGGACCAGAUGGGUAAAAUUCUUGACCUGAUCAACAGUGGCAAGAAGGAAGGGGCAACAAUGACUGUUGGUGGAAGCCGAGUUGGUGACAAAGGAUAUUUUGUCGCUCCAACUAUCUUUGCUGACGUACAAGACAACAUGAGGAUUGCCAGGGAGGAAAUCUUUGGGCCGGUGAUGCAGAUAUUUAAGUUUAAAAAUGACCAGGAGCUGCUAGAGCGAGCUCACAACACCAUCUAUGGUCUGGCUGCUUCAGUGUACACUCAAGACCUUGACCGCGCCAUCUUCUUGUCCAACAGUCUCAGGGCUGGAACUGUCUGGAUUAACUGCCACAAUGUGUUUGAUACUGCUCUUCCUUUUGGUGGGUACAAAAUGUCUGGCCAAGGGAGAGAACUUGGAGAAUAUGGUGUUGAAGCUUAUACAGAGGUUAAAUCUGUGAUCAUGAAAAUUUCUCAGAAGAAUUCCUAAAGAAAUCUCACGAGUAUGUUGAGGUCGUGUGAUGCCUCUGUCAUAUCAUUUUACUGCUGGUGUUACUGUAUAUAGUGUUAUUGUUGUGCCUAAACUGCCAGGAUGUCCCUUUGUGGCAGCUGCCAUUUUGCUACCAAAAACAUGUACCAGAAAAUCAAGUUAGUUUAUUCUGUAUUCAAGUUCAUGGUUAUGACUUCUGUUCAAAAACUUUCUGAAUUAUUUGAAUGGAAUUUUAUAAAAUUGGAAAAAAGUGUAUCAUUUUGUACUAACUCUAUUGCAAUGUUGUAAAAUUAAAAAAAAAAAUAAUUGUACUAUUUUUACUAACACUAUUACAAUGUUGUAAUAUUGUUGUUGCAAGUUUUCUAUUUACAACUUAUUAUAUUGAUGUAUGUUGAUUUGUAACCUUAGUUGCAUUAAAAUUGUUUCAUGAAAA